AUGGAUAUAGAUUUCAACGGUAAGAUACUUAUCAACAAAAUCAACCAUCUCAACGCCAACAACAACAACGUUCCCAAAAAUAAUAACAGCAGUAGCAGCAGUAACAGAAGCAAUAGCGACAUUAGCAACAAAAGCAACCACAGCAACUACAACAACAACAAAAGUAACAACAGCAAUAGCAACAAGACCAUCCUGAAAUCUAACAAACGAUUCAACCCAGCUGCCAGCAACAACAACAACAACAGUGGUGACAGCGUUAUCAGAAACGAGAGUAGCAAGAAGACAACAACAUUCAACAUCCCAGCUACUUCGAGCCACGACAAAAUAAAUGGUGUCAAUGUUUAUGGCAUCAGCAACAAAUACAGCAAAGCCGCUAACAACAACCUUAACAUCAACAACAACACCAACCACAAAGACAUCAACAACGAUUUUUUCUUCUUCAACAACAACCUUAACAUUGGCCACAAAGACAUCAACAACAAUUUCUUCAACAAAACUCCGACGGUGGGCCCUAGAUUAAAGAGUUUGAAGCGUAACCAAUUGUCGAUCGUUUUAAAUACGAUACCAUGCAACGAGCUCUUUCAUUGGCUGGUGACUAAUGACGUAUUCACGCAGAAGAUAGUGGACAACUUGCAAGAAACCUACAAAACGAAGAGAUCAAUAAACGAGGCCAUGAUUGACCUGCUGAUCAUCUACGGAGAGUGGGCGGUCCUGAGGUUCAGCCACGCCCUCCUCUUCACAGGGCAGAAGGAAAUGCAUCAGUUGCUUGAGGACGGGGCAGGUUUGUAG